AUGUUUGCUUGUUUCUUAUUUGAAGAAAUGAGAUAUGAAUUAAAUGGAGUUGAAAUUGAUCGUAGUAAAAAUGUGGGCAUUACAACACUCAUGAAGGGAUUUCCAUCAUUUACACCAGAGCAAGAAUAUUCUUUGGAAAACAGUGGAAUGGUACUUGAUAAUAAAAAACUAUGUGAUUCCAAUGGAAAUUUUGACGUCAUCAUACCAUUAAAAUUAUUAUUUGGAUUUGCUGAGGAUUAUAAACAAGUCAUUGUUAACUGUAAACAUGAGCUAAUACUCAUAAGAGCUAACACUGACUUGAAUGCAAUACAUCAAACUGAAAUAGCUAAUACAGCGGCUGAAAAUGUAAAAAUUACUCUUGAUAAAAUUGAAUGGUUAGUGCCAUAUGUUACAAUGUCUGAUUCAAAGAAACUUGAUAUGUUAAGUUACAUCAGUAAAGAUCCAUCGAUAUCGAUACCCUUCAGAUCAUGGGAGCUAUAUGAAUAUCCAUCUUUACCUAUAACAACGAAACACAUCUGGUCUGUGAAGACAACAAAUCAACUAGAGAAACCAACAAACUGA